UGGGGCCCCCGGGCAAUAGGGGAUCAUGGGGCCCCUGUGUCCUCACCCACACCCAAAAAAGCCUAUGAAAAAGGUACCAGGGGCAUCUCAUGGGGCCCCCUACUGACCCCGGGCCCUCGGGCAGUACCCAAGUUUCCAAAUGGUCACUCCGCCCCUGUAUGCCCUUUAUACUGAUUAGUCCUUGAUUUAUGUCAUGUUUUUAUAUUGUUCAAAAUCCGUUUUUUUUGAAAGUACUAAUAAAUAUAUAUUUAAUUCUAUCAACUAUAUAUACUUUAGUUCUUGAGAGUAGGUGUAUAAAAUGGGGCAGGCUGGUAU